UGCGAAUGUGGUCAGUGUCUAACUUGACGGCCGUUUGUACAGAGCCGGUGGGAGCUGAAGGAAUCUGGUUGUCACAUUGCAUCGGCCAGCGAGUCACUCACUGUAGAGAACUACGCGUGGAUUCAGCUGCUGCUGCGAGCACACACGUCAAACCUGUGGAAAGAGAGACUGUUACCGGCUGUGAGAAGAGGAACAUACCAUGAUGGCUGUCCUUGGCAGCGCCGGUCGCUUGAUUCAAUUUGCCAGGAGCAGCGUCAGCCUGAGUUUGAGGAGACGCUCUACUGCUGCUGCUUUAGCCCAGACUCCAGACACUCAGGAGAACAGGAAACCGAAGACCGGCAUCUUGAUGCUGAACAUGGGAGGACCAGAGAAACUAGAAGAUGUUCACGACUUCCUGCUACGGCUCUUUAUGGACACAGACCUGAUGAAGCUCCCCGUACAGAAUAAGCUCGGCCCGUUCAUCGCCAAACGACGCACGCCAAAGAUCCAGGAGCAGUACAGCAAGAUCGGAGGAGGCUCGCCCAUCAAGCACUGGACGUCCAUGCAGGGGGAGGGCAUGGUGAAGCUGCUGGAUGAGAUGUGUCCUGAGACAGCCCCUCACAAGUUCUACAUCGGUUUCCGGUACGUUCACCCACUGACGGAGGAAGCCAUCGAGGAGAUGGAGAAGGACGGAGUGGAGAGAGCUGUGGCCUUCACACAGUAUCCGCAGUACAGCUGCUCAACCACAGGGAGCAGCCUCAACGCCAUCUACCGCUACUACAGCAACAGAGGGGACAGGCCAAAAAUGAACUGGAGUGUCAUCGACCGUUGGCCCACACACCCUCUGCUGGUGGAGUGUUUUGCAGAACAUGUCAGUAACGAGCUGCUGAAGUUUCCAGAAGACAAGAGAGACGAUGUGGUGAUUCUGUUCUCGGCACACUCGCUCCCCAUGGCUGUUGUAAACAGAGGAGACCCGUAUCCUCAGGAGGUUGGAGCCACAGUUCAGAGAGUCAUGGAGAGACUGGGACACUGUAACCCUUACAGACUGGUGUGGCAGUCCCGGGUGGGUCCCAUGGCGUGGCUCGGCCCUCAGACGGACGACGUGAUCAAAGGUCUGUGUGAACGGGGGAAGAAGAACCUCCUGCUGGUGCCCAUCGCCUUCACCUCGGACCAUAUAGAGACUCUACACGAGCUGGACAUCGAGUAUGGGCAGGUGCUGGGGGAGGAGUGUGGAGCAGAGAACCUGAGGAGAGCAGAGUCACUGAAUGGAAACCCUCUCUUUAUGAAGGCUCUAGCAGACCUGGUCCAGUCUCAUCUGAAGUCCAACCAGCCGUGUUCCCGUCAGCUGACCCUCCGCUGCCCGCUGUGCACCAACCCCACCUGUGGAGAGACCAAGGCCUUCUUCGCCAACCAGACGCUCUCAUAGAAACACACUCAGACACACAGACACACAGAAACACACACACACACACACACACACACACACUCAAGGCCUUUUUUUAGUAAACUGAAGACUGAUACACAAGUAUGUAUGCGCACAGCGUUUCCUCAGAAAGAUACUAGAGGUCGCAGAAGGGCCGAAUGGUUUCUGCAAAUGCAUGAAGCUCAAGGCGGUGAAACUCAACUUGGCUGCUAAACUCUGACUCAAAACAGACCAUCACUUUGGUUUUGACUGACAUGUCUUUAAAUGCGACUAAAAAUUGAGGGAUUAAUUAUAUUUAGAUGCUUAAAGUAACUUAAAUUUUAAAUGCAUCACGUCCCAGCCAGGAAACGGCGCACUGGUUAAAACAAACGCCUCGGUGAGCACUUGCAGAAACGUUGUGGUCAAAGUCUGUGAACUGACGCUCUGCAGAAACCGCCCAAAUCCAAUCAAAACUACAGGAAAGAAAAAGCUGUGCACUAAUUAAUUUCUUCAACAUGGCUCCCUUGCUUACAUUCCAAUCCCCUGAGCCCCUGCAAAACCCUGUCAGAGACCCUGUUGCCCCUCUCGCUGGUGCUACAGUCAGCUGUGACGAUAACGAUGACUCAGAGGUUCUGGCUGGUUGGCGGUCUCGUUCCCCUCCAGCCUUCUCACCUGUCGCUUCACCUUAUCGGCCCGACAGACUUUGCCCAUCCUGCUGCAAUCCCUGCAAUGUGAUUGGAGGAGGUUAGUGCUCCUUAAAAUGCUGCUGCUUGAUCGCUUGUUGUCAGUGGAUAGUUGGUUAGAUUGAACUUGCUAUUUCUUGAUGGUAAGAUUUCAAUGAUAUUUAAAUCCUGCGUAUUUUCGACGCCAGAACUUAGGGGAAGUCUGCAUCUUACAACAAAACCACUGCUGUAGUCCAGCUAAGAUAUAAGCAAGGGGGGAACGGGUAUCGUCAGAUAGUUUACAAGCUAGGAAUAUUUUAUUAAUAUACAAAUCCAUUACAUGUUUAUUUUUAUACUCUUCUCUUUUGCUUCUUUCCUGCUGAAACAUUAGCUAGUUAAUAAAAUAGUUUGUAACACAUUUAGCAGUUAGCCAAGGUCUUCUCUGUGUCUGAAGUCUGAAGAGAACUGUUUCUCAUUUUGUUCAUAUUCUCACCUUUAACGUUGCAUUAGAGUAUGACGCUGCUUUUUGAGGCACUUUUUAAAAAAGCAUAAACAGUAUUAAGGCUCAAUGAUGCUGGAGUUAUCCUUUAAAAGCCAUCAGUUGGUUUCCUUUUGAAUGAAAACCACACAUGAAAGUAGCACAGGCAUUUUAAACGAUCCAGAUGUUGCUGUUUAAAUCCGUCUUUUUUCUUCUGUCUGCUUUAAACUUUAAUGCAGUUUGUUUUUCGUACACUUCCACCUUGCUAAUCACAUUGCAGUAUCUAUAUGUGAGAAACCUCUUAUUUAAGAACGCUUUGUUAGGUGCUACACCACUAAGAAAACCGCUGAGGAGAGCCAAACACAUGUUGGGUUCCUUCGGAGGAGACUCCCCAACAAUGUGUAAAUAUCCAGGUUACCCUUUUUACGGGUAGUGACUCGACCUUCUGACUUUGCUCCCUCUCAACUCUCUCGGCCCCGUUAAACCAUAACAAUGUGCCUUUUUCACUGGCUGACAAGAAAACUGGACUUGUAUGUCUUUGUGUUGUUUUAUGUGUGUGCUAGGCCUCAACCUGGAGGGAGAAACCAAUCUCAGAAAUCUAGAUCGACAUGUUCCUGCUGUGAUCUGAGCCAUGCAAAGCUCUCAGAUGCAAAGACGUCUGUUUUCCAAAAAAAGAAAGUAGCACAUUACAAGACGAGAGCUGAUGAAGCCACUAGAUGCUCGAUGUUAACAGGAUCCUACCCGACAAUGCUUGCAUAGGUUGUGCAGAUGCUUUGAGGUGAGAUUCCUUUCUGCUUCCACAGUGUAAUGCAAGGAGUAAUGCACUUUCAUUCAGAACUAACAGCGUAGCUCCUUCUCUGGUUUAACAGGGAUGGUUUUGUUUUGGAGGACCUCUUUAAUCCUACAGAUAUUGAGCGGUUGAGCAUAAGUAGAAUCAUGCUACACCUUUAAACUGCCCCUUGUCCCUUUAAUGUGACUAUCACCUGAAAACUAGAGCAGGAAGUCGGAUGUUUCACUCACAGCAGGGAACAUGUUGACAUCAGGGUCUGGGUGAGUUCUCCUUCAUUAACAUACUUAUUUAAAACAUCCUCUGUGUGUCAGUUUUUACAAUAAUCUGUAAGAAUUCUGCUGUUUGUAAGUGUGUGCGCGUGUGUGUGUGUUAGGCUGGCAAUGCAUUGCACACAGUUUGUACAUAUAACAGAGGUGCUUUGUUUUAGCCCUGGCAUACUUUCAUUUACAUGUUGGAUUUAUUUAUUUAUGUUUUUGACCACACAAACCAUCUAUCUCCACUGUUUGACCUCUUUUUUUUUUACAUGGAGAGUCACGGUAUGUACAGUGUGAUAACACAUAGCUACCAGUCUUCCUUCAAAAUAAAAUACGACUAUUUGCAA